UUUGGGAGGCACCGCGCUCCCUAAUGACGCUAGCGGCAGCGACGCACCCGUUUUGAAGCCUGUGGCAGAGCCGGGCGUGUCCCGGCGGUCCGCUGGACCUUCCGCCCGACCCCUGACCCCGCCCCCGCCGCCGCCAUGGCGCCCGGGAAGGCGCUGACGCCCGUGCUGAAGCGGAAGGUGGACGAGCUCUUCCUGCGCUGGCUCAGCGACCCCGACACGCAGCGCGCGCUGCACGACGGGCUGCACCGCAUUCGGGCCGCCGCGGGGCACGCCGGGAGCUCGGGAAAUGUCCGCCAUGAUCCGCAGGCCACGGGGCACUCCACGAUUUUCCGCUAUGGUCCGCCUGCCGCGGGGGACGCCGGGAACUCCUGGAAUGUCCGCCAUGAUCCGCCGUGGAGCUCCGGGAAUGUCCGCCAUGAUCCAUCGGCCGCGGGGGACGCCAGGAGCUCCGGGAAUGUCCGCCAUGAUCCGUCCGCCGCAGGGGACGCCAGGAGCGCCGCGGGGCACGGAGGGAGCUCGGGGAAUGUCCACCAAGGGCUGUCAGUCACCAGAGCCAGCAAGGCCCCGCCCCCCGGCCUCCGCGUCCCUGCCUUCUUCUUCCCAGGCGGCCGCCCCGUGGACGUGGAUGUGGACGCCGCCGUGGCCCGCGUGCUGCGCGUCUUCGCCCGGUUCCCGUGUGAGAGGGCCAAGAUGGCCGACAUGGGGGCUGUGGCCAAGGCCUGCGGCUGCCCGCUGUACUGGAAAGCACCGCUGUUCCACGCGGCCGGUGGGGGGCGCACGGGCUCCGUGUCAGUCCAUACAUUCGUGACCAUGUGGAGGAAGGUCCUCCUGACAUGUCACGACGACGCAGCCAAGUUCGUGCAGCUGCUGGUGAAGCCAGGGCGGGACGGGCUGGAGCAGGAGGACUUCGCGCCCUUCCUGCAGGACGUGGUGAACUCGCACCCCGGGCUGUCCUUCCUGAAGGAGGUGCCGGAGUUCCGCGCACCUUACAUCGCCACGGUCACCCAGAGGAUCUUCUACACUGUGAACCGGUCGUGGUCUGGGAGGAUCACUUGUUCGGAGCUGCGGAGGAGCCGCUUCCUGCAGAGCGUGUCCCAGCUGGAAGUGGAGCCCGACAUCAACCGCAUGACAGCGUUCUUCUCCUUGGCGCACGUCCGCGUCAUCGUCUGCAAGUUCCAGGAGCUCGACACCGAUGGCGACCUGCGGCUGGACGCUAGGGAUCUGGGCCGCUACGCAGAUGGCGCCAUUUCCUCCAGGAUGAUCGACAGGAUCUUCUCAGGCGCUGUCACGCGGGGCGGGAAAGGGCGUCAGGACGGGAAGAUGGGCUUCUCGGACUUCGUGUGGUUCCUGCUGUCGGAGGAGGACAAGACCACGCCCACCAGCGUGGAGUACUGGUUCCGCUGCAUGGACCUGGACGGCGACGGCGUGGUCUCCCUCUUCGAGCUGGAGCACUUCUACACGGAGCAGGCGCGGCGCCUGGAGGCCCUGGACGUGGAGCCGCUGCCCUUCCGCGACUGCGCGUGCCAGGUGCUCGACAUGCUCAGGCUGCGCACGCCGGGGCGCAUCACGCUGGGGGCCCUGAAGAGCUGCGGCCUGGCCAGCGCCUUCUUCGACACGUUCUUCAACGUCCACAAGUACCUGGACCGCGAGCAGCGCGAGCCCGCCUGGCUGGGGCAGGAGGCGGAGGGCCCGGCGCUGACGGACUGGGAGAAGUUCGCGGCCAAGGAGUUCGACUUCCUGGUGGCUGAGGAGGCAGCGGAGGCGGGGGAGGAGCCGUGGGAUGACAGGCUGGAGCUCGACCCCACGCUGCCACCCUUGCCAUUGGAGUCUGCGCUGGGCGACCUGGACCUGUACGAGUUCGCGGACAGUGAUGACACCCUAUGACCUUGUGUGUGUGUGUGUGUGUCAGCCCACGGGUAUUUAUUCCGCCCGGAUGGCGCCCACGGGGACACGCUAGGACACGGGUGCAAACAUGCGCACCCGAGCCCUGGGGGCACGAGUGUGCCUCCAUGGGGCGUGUACAGGGGCGUGCACGUUGGGACAGAUACCAGGCUGGGUGCACGCGUGUGUCUGAGAUCAGCCACAUCCCCUGUGCACUCGCGCGUGUGUGUGUGAUGGACGCCGUCCCUCGUGCACAAGAAUGCGUUUCCGUUUGCACACGCGUGUGUCUGUGAUGACCCCAAUCCAUGUGCACACGUGUGUUGGUGCCCACGCCCCGACCUUGUGCGCACGUGUUU